AUGCAGUCGAACCCAAUUGCAAAUUUCAACGUUGAGCUGAACGUCUCACAGUUCAAUCCGAAAGAGUUGAGUGUGAAUAUCGUUGGGAAUGCAAUGGUCAUUGAGGGGCAUCAUCAAGAGCGUGAAGAGGACGGUGGAACAAUCGAGAGACAUUUCGUGCGCAAAUUCAUGUUGCCAAAAAACGCAAGAACCGAUGAACUAGUGUCAAAGCUGAGUGAUGAUGGCAUAUUGUCGAUAACGGUGCCCAAGGAGGAGAGUCAAGAAAAAGUUCGCAAUAUUCCAAUUGAGGUUCGUUGA